GUUUGGUAGUUCAAAUGUCCUAACCUAACUGUCACAAUUCAAAAUUUUUGUGUUGUCAUUGCAAAAUAUCAAGUAUUUUACUAAAAUGGCAAACAAAACUGUCUACGAAUACGCGUACAAGGGCGAUUUCGACUUUGUAAGGACCAAAGUUGAAGAAGACCCCUUAUUAAUCGCUAAAAAAGACGAGAGCCAACGUAUAUUGCUUCACUGGGCCUCUGUGGGUGGCAACUUCAAGUUAGUUACGUAUUUAGUUGAAUUGGGGUCCCAAAUUGAUGAAUUUGAUGAUACUGAAGCAACUCCAUUGAUUCUAGCCAGUUCAGCGGGACAUGAGGAAAUAGUGGAGUUGUUGAUUAAAAAAGGGGCCAAAGUUAAUCAUAAAACCAACACAGGACACUCUGCUUUGCAAUAUGCAGCCUCAAAGGGGUGGACAAAUAUUUGUAAAAUUCUACUUGAAAAUGAUGCAGAUAUAAACGUGACAGACUUAAGGGGGUCCACACCACUACAUAGAGCAGCCUCCAAGGGAAAUAUAGCAAUUAUAUCUUUAUUUAUGGAGUUUAAAGAUAAACUCCAAAUAAAUGCUAGAGAUAUUUAUGGGAACUCACCUUUACACUUGGCUUGUGAAGAAGAUAGGCAAGAAGAAGCCUUAUUAUUAAUUGAAAAUGGCGCUGAUGUAAAUAUAACCAAUAAAGAACGGCAAACGCCUUUAAAUUAUGCUUCAAGGGUGCUAUUUAGGUUAAUACAAGCAAAGUUUGAAGAUAAAAAAGAAGGGGAACAAUAAUAUGUUUAGUUUUAUAAUAAAAU